AUGUCUGGAAGUCAACUUCGAGAAAGAUUGAUAACUAUAGAAGAAAGCAAUGAAGUUGACUUUGAUGCCAUUCGAGGUAACACAUUUUGUCGGAUAAUAUAUAAUCCUGUUGCAUCUUUUCCUAAUUUGGGAUUGUUGCUUCCGUCUACAGUCUUUGUUAAAUGGUACAACUAUCCUGAGCAGGCUCGAGAAAAUUUUCCUGAUAAAGAUAGUUACUACGACAUGUACGUCAAUGAGCUUGAAAUUAAUGAGAUGCUUGCGAAUUCGUCUUUUGCUGCAAAAUUCGCAAAGCUUAUAGUUUCUGGAUACUGGAAUGGUAUUCCCAGCCAGCCGAUGCAUAUAUUUGAAGAUUUGGGAGAAGAAAUGCCGUCUACUGAAUGGGAUAAAUAUAGGGUGCAUAAAGCGGUUACGGAGAGGCUCGCGGAACUCCAUCUGUUGGGAAUUUCGCAUAAUGAUAUUAGAGUCGACAACAUACAUGUUUCGAUAUCGGGAAGAAUCACUUUGAUAGAUUUUGGGUUAGCUGUUCACCCAAGUAGUGAAGAGCGGAAAAAAAGAGACUUUGAAGCUCUUGAUGAGCUUGUCCCAAUUACUGGUUAUGGCAUUUCUGGGGAGGAUAAAAUCCGUGAUGUUGUCUUAGCUAAAAACGAAAAUAAUGAAAGUAGAUUGAAUGAUCAUGCAAACUCCAGUGACGAAAUGGUUUUUGACGAACUGGUUUUAGAGUCUGAUGAUACUCCAGGGUCUACUAAGGUUGACUCCAAUUCGAAAUGUGAUGAAACUUGA